AUUACCGAGCAUUGCCUAUCUCAAUAACGACUUCUUGUCGAUCAUCGAUCGCAAUAUGAUCGUCAUAGAAACAUAAACAAGAUGGCGAGUUCUUCGUCUCUUAUGUGAUACAAAGCAAUUUUGCUCCGAAUCACAAUGGCCCAAACGGAAGACUUGUAUAAGCCUUCCCAGCUCAGUAGAAGAUGGAUUUGGAAAGACGACACAAACACACUGGAACCAGUAAGCACUGUUCCUGGAAGCUUUGAUAAAGGUGUUAACUUUCAUCUAGCUGCAAACAAAUCCAAAAGAAGCAAAGGAGGCUUAGGAAUUCACUUUCAGGACCUGAACAAGAAAAAUGAUAGGGGUACACCAUCAGUCAUGUCCAAAAACUACGGGGCUACAGGAGCAACAUCUCGUCGUGGCCAGGCAUACCUGUUGGUACAAAGAGCUGGUAACAUGAAAGGUUCCUCACCACGCCCAAGUGUCAAGCCAGCUGCAGCCAAUGAACAUGCAACUGUAACACUGGAUGAUGUCAAGAGUGUUGCAUUAGAUUCCAUGCCAGAUGUUGACCUCCUUCCUCCAGCAUUUCAGGAAUGUUAUAGCUCUGAACAAUUUGAUGAAUUUCAACUGGCCAUUUUGAAUUACUUUGAUGCAUUCUUUGAGAGGAUGGCUAUUGAAAAUAAACCAAAACCAAUGGCAGUUGAACCAAGUCUAGCUGAGAGAAAAGCGCUUGCAACAGCUGUCUCCAAACAAGAAUCAGCACAGAGACUUCUAGGACAAUGUUACUGUACACUUGUUCUUGGGCUUGGACUGGAAGAUAAACAUCACAUGGGCUGUGGCAGACAACGCAGCUCAUACACAAGCAGAGACAGGGAACUCUAUGAGGCUCUUUACCCAUUUUCUGCAUAUGUGACCUACGUUGCAUUUAGACGACAACAUUUGGAUUUAAUACAAAAAGAACUGGGAAGAUUGUUUCGUUCAGACACAUUCAACCCAGCAGGGCGACCCCAAGCAGUUGAAGAGGUGUAUGCUAUGGAUCGCCUCAAAGACAGCACCAAGCAGCCGUUAACACCUGCCGAAUAUCGUAGGCUCAAACCAAAGCGACCGCCUAUCAAGUCAAUUAUCAACCAACGUUCUCCGGUGCUGGUGUCCCUGUUACCGACCUCACAGGAAGCAAGUCCGUGGUUUCUUGAUCGCACCAAAGCUCUUCCCUUGUCGGAAAAUGAGAUUCCACACGAAGAAGAAAAGCUGGGUCUUAUCCUUCAACCCAAAGUUGGUAUCAUCGGAGAACCCAUGUCCGGUUUUAAUCCAUUGACUUUGGCACCGUUUGGCGAGGAACAUGAGGAGGAGACUGGAGACGAGGCGGGAUCAAGAAGAAGUUCCAUACCAGGUGAAGCACCUGUAACCCCCAAUCAGGGAGCAACCAGCGACGUAGAAGAAGGAGAACCCGCUGAACAGGAGGAAUGAUAUAAACACCAACUUUUAGUGCAUGUGUCCUGACGUAAAGUCAGAUUGUCACAAGAAAAUCACACACGUUCUGUCAAACACAUUAUUGUAGAUAAAUUGUACAGAGUGCCCAUUCUGUAAUGUAUUUAAUAAAUUUUUUUAAAUUUGUAACAGCUUUUACUCCCUGUGGAGUAAAAGCUGAUACACCUUGUUUAUUGAA